AUGUCCGGCAUCAUCAGCCUAAAUUAUACAUUUUCGCAAUAUUUUGUCGAAGCCUACACCCCGAAUUCCUUUAAAAGUGAAGCGUGGCGAAAUAUGAUUUGCGGGUUGCCGAGCACAAUUAUUCUUGGGGCUAUGACUUCCUUAUUGCUUUAUCGAAGGACGUUACUCAAGAAAUAUUCGCUCCUGUACGACAUCAGCCACUUCCUUAUCGGCGUCCCCACAAAUAAUGAUAACUGCCAUCCACUACUAUUUACAAGUGUACCGAUUUUACAGCAGGCCUAUACCUUCUACGUCUUUUUGGCAACGCUUUCUGGCGUUGCGGUGAAUGCGGCUACUUUUAUCCAUAUUAAAAGAUAUGCUAGAAGAGCCGGAAUGGCCGUAAAAGUGGACGACAAACAGCUUUUCUACUCUGUUAGUCUCCAAUCCCUGGUGCCGUUUUGUAGCACGGGGCUAAAGGCAAUAUCGACACUGUCGGUUUAUUCUAAUCAAUUCCGACUUCCCGAUUGGGUGAACGCGUUCUCGAACGUCUACGCAUUAUUGGGCUCCUCGUUAAUACCGUUGAUUUCGAUUGCCAUGGUGGGCAAGCUGCGGCGGUCGCUGAUCAAGGAGCCGGUGACAAACAUGGUGAACAGCUCGCUGAAUCGGAAGACGAUGUUCUUUCAGAAGACGGCCAGGCUCGCGCUUGUGGCAAAGAAUAAAAACAAAACCCAGCCCUCGAGCUCUUCCUCAACUGCUGCUCAACAAACGCAACGUAAGACCCUUGGUUCAAUUGCUGAACUACAAGCUACAACUCUAAGAACUGCAGCU